AACUGGCUUAACUUUUAAAGUUUUCCUAACCAUAAACAUCGGGCGUUACGAUUUUUAUGUUUAAAACCCUAUGUUACGUCUUACCGUUGCGCGUAUCUGUGUAAUAACCUUUACAAAAUAAAGUUGACAUUGACAAGUGGAUGUUUUUGGAGGUUAGAUUACAAUUUUUUAAAAGAUGACUUUUUUAAACAAAAAGCAAUAAUUAUGAACCUCGGCAACCACAACGAAGAAAUUUACGAUGAAAAUCCCGUGAUGGAAUAUCGAAUGGAAGUCGAGAAUGUGGAGGAUUACGCCGUACAAGUAGUGAUUCAACCCGCUGAAGAAAUUCACCCUUUGGCUUUGGUGGCAAGAAACAUUGACCCGCAAGUCUUAGACACUGUCGAAGAAAAUCCACUUGAGGUGGCUAAUGUGGAGCUUGUGGAAGAAGCGAGCGAUGAAGGCGGCGACAGAACUUCAGCUCCAGUGUCUGUAGCCAGCAGUCGGGCACAAUCACCACGAAAUUUUGACGAAGAGAGUAACCAAAGUACUGAUACAAAUGCACCUAAUCAGUCUUCCAAGAAACGAACAUACAGUGAUGACGAAAGAGAAGAUGACGGUUCUUUAUGUCCCAUUUGUUUCGAUGACUGGACAAACUCGGGUGAACACAGAAUCUGCGCUUUGAAGUGUGGACAUUUAUUUGGUCAUAAAUGUAUUACUUACUGGUUGAGUACCCAAAAGAAGAAGACAUGUCCCACGUGCAAAAAGAAGGUGGGCAGAGAUGAUAUUAGGUAUAUUUAUGCCAAAAAACUGACCGCUGUAGAUACAACAGAACUUGAGAAUAUAAGGAAACAGCUAGAAGCUGUGACAGAGGAGCGCAAUAAAAUUCAGACUGAACUAUCAGCACGUGUUUACCGCGAGCGAUUACUAAAUCAAGAGAUUGCACAACUCAGAGCGCAGUUAAAUGUGUCUAGGCAAGGGGUUGUUAAUGUUCCUAGUUUAAUCAAUCCUGCUAUAGAACAGGUAAAACUCUAUAUGGAUAAAGCCAUGGAAAUAUGUAAAUAUGGAGGCAGUCGGGUGUUUGAUGCUAGAUGUGAAUUGGAUUUAUUAAUGGCUUCAAUGAAGUCACCAACAAAUCUGUUUUCGGGGUUUGGGCUAAAAAAGAUCAGUAUCUCAGAUUAUAGAACCAUUGCAUUUGUUCCAGUUCACAGCUUACAAAUCAGGGAUAUUUGUUUUCAUAAAAGUAAUAACUGGGUUCUUACAGCUUCCAUGGAUAAAACAUUCAAAGUGAUAAAUAACCAUGAUAACAUGGUGAUUUAUCAGUUUCCCCAUCAGAUGCCACUAUGGUCAUGUUGUUGGGAUUUAAAUAAUCCUUUAUGUUUGUACGUUGGAACACAAUCGGGAUCUGUGAUCAAAUAUGACAUCAGGCAAUUAACAGAACCCGUUUCCACGUUUUCCAUUGAAGGUGAUAUGUCGCCUGUGGUAUCGGUGGCUUCUAUACCAUCAUCACCUGGUGAUGUUUUAACUCAAGGAGGCAUUGUUUCUUGUAAAUUGAAUUCUUUGUGGGUGUAUGAGAAUGUGAAUGCAGAGUACGUGAGACACUCUAUUUCUUUAGAGGGACCAUUUGUUUCAAUGAAAUACCAAGAAAAUAGUAAGCAAUUAUUGGUGUCUUCUAGACCUAACAGUAGAAUUACAUACGCUAGACAUACAUUGUGCACGUUUGAUAAAAAAGAUCAAAAUUCAAUUGACUGCAAUAUUAUACACACAUUCCAAGGAGGAGGCAUGCAGAAGCUAUUAAGUAAAUCGUGCUUUUUAUCUCAUACUAACGAUUAUGUAGCUGCACACCAAGAAAAUUGUAAAAGUGUAUUUUUGUGGAGUAUUAAUACAGGGCAAAAAGUUGCGUCUAUUACUGCGCACGAAAGCGUUUUAGAUUUAAAAGGUUUACAAAACCAAAAUGGGAGUUUUUUAGUUUCUUUGACUGAUAAAAAAUUAGAAUUUUUCAAGUUCGCCUAGUUAUAUUACUUAAGUACCUAAUUACACGCUUAAAUUUUAAUAGUGUCAUAAUUACAAUUUUUUAACUUUCUUUUUCUUAAAUAAAUUAUAUUUUAUUACAGAAGUUUGAUUUUUUCUUGAUAAAGUGUAUGUAGACAGAAUUGUUGUAGGUAUGUAGAUAAACAUUAUAAACUUGUCGUUUUCAGAAGGUAGCUAAGGAGUCAGUAACUGGAUCAUUCUGAAUGUCUAGUUUAGUGUUUUCUUAGCGCAUCGCGGGCUGCAGUGUAGAGAAAUUGAUCUAAAGUUUUUUUAAAGAGAACUCUCUCCUUCUACGGUAACGAUUUUUAUAACAGUUUUUCGUAAGAUUAAAUAUUUUAAUACAUGUAUGUGCAACACAGUAAUAAUGUUACUCUGUUCUACGAAUUUCAGUGAAAUUAAAUGGACUUUUCUGAAAUAUAAAAAAAAUAGUUGUGUUUUUUCUCUUAGAACACUGAAAACAUGCAUUGGUUCAUAUAUUUAUUAUUUUUGGAAAUAUUUUGUAGGCAGUUACAAAACCAAAAUCAACUACAUUACUAAAAUGCCAGUAGUUUUUACGUCAAAACAAAUACAUAUACACAUUUAAUAAUUAUGCGUUUAAAUAAAAACAAAGAUUGAUACAAGUCAACGUAUGUACUGUAUGUUUUCAGUGAAAUUUU